AUGGAUAUUGUUACAAUUGAAAAACUUAUGAAUGCAAGAGUUCAUUUUGGUCAUAAGAUUGGGACUUUAAAUGAUAAUAUGAAAUGGGCAUUAUUUGGAGAACGCCUCGGUGUUUGUAUUUUUGAUUUGGAAAUUACUCAAAGAUAUAUGGUUAGGGCUUUAAAUUUUAUUUCUGCAUUGUCUUAUUGUGAUGGAAAAAUUUUAUUUUUGACGACGAACAAAGCAUCAAUGUUAUUAGUAGAAGAAACAGCAGCAGAAUUAGGACAUUUCUCCCAUACUCGCCUUUGGCGGCAAGAUAUUUUUACAAACAGAAAGGAUCAUGUUGGUGGUCCAGUUAGAUUUCCAGAUGCAAUGAUUUUUUUGAAUACACAUACUUCUGCAAUGGAAAGACAUCCAGCAAUAAUUGAGGCAGCAAAAUUGUGUAUUCCAACUGUUGCUGUUGUUGAUUCUAAUUGUGACCCAAGUUACAUAAGUUAUCCAAUUCCUGGAAAUGAUGAUUCAAUAAGUUCAAUUGAAUUUUAUAUGAAAAUGUUUUCUGAAGCAAUAAAAAUUGGAAGAAAAAUUAAAGAAGAAGCAACAACUAAUGUUGAAUUAUUAAAAGAAAAUAAAUUAUUGAAAACUUCUCCUCAAAGAAUUUUACAACAAAAUAGACCAAAAAUGUUCAAACCAAUUUUUGAACAACAAAAUUUCCGUUCAAAUCAAAUUACAAAUAAAUUUAAAAGUAAAAGAAAGGCUGGAACCGGUGCUAAUAUGAUUCCAAUUGGAGAAAGACGAGGAGAAAAAUAG